AUGAUUUAAAUAUAAAAAUAAAACAAUCAUCAGUAAUUAUUAAAGUAUGUAAUUCAUUAGUACUUAGAGUAUUAUAUGUAAUCUAUAUAGAUUUAAGUCCUAUAAAUCAAUAAAAUGGUCAGAAUUAUAACUGGGAGAUAUUGUUUGUUUAAAGAGAGGAAGGUAAAGUCCAGCAGAUCUUUUAAUUUUAGAUUCUAGUUAAGAAGAACUCUUAGUAGAUUUUGAAGUACGUGUUGCUUGUUCAUAUACUUUUGUCAACAUUAAUAACAUAUAAAAAGGAAAUAUUAUGGAUUUUAUUACAAAACUUAAUGGAUAAAUAUCCUUCAGUAUUUAAGAAUCUCCUUUAGGAAAUAUAAAAUUGAAGAAUGAUCCUAAAGCAACUUCUUGUAAUAAAAAAAUAUGAUAAUGAAAGAAGAUUUUUGGUAUAGCUAUUAGAGUUGGAAAAGAUUGUUGUUACGUAUAAACAAAUUUAAAUAAGUAAAAUUGUUUAUCAAAUAGUUGCAUAGUGGAAUUUUAAACUUAUAUCUGUUAUUCUUGUUGGAUUUAUUUCUCUAUUUGUUUUAUAUCUAAUAUGAUUUAUUCAUCCUUCUUUUUAGAAGAAUAUUUCUUCAAAAGUCUAAUAUACUCUUUAUUAAUAUUUCCACAUAACUUAUUAUUAAUAGAAAAAGUUUGUUAUUUUUUUAAUAUUAUUUCUAAUAAUAGAGCUUUUAAAAAACUAUAGUAACAAUCAAAAAAUAAAGGCAAAUUAAAAAAAUAGUAAAUGUUAAGAGCAAAUAAUUAUCCAAACAUUUAAAAAUCAUAAAAUGAUAGAAAAAUAUUAAUGCCUAUUGAAAAUAUUUUAACUUGCCAUUAUUAAAUUUGA